GUGAAUUCAAUCCGGAAGUAAGAUGCUGCUCGUCUCGGAGAUGUUGUCUACCGCAUCGUAACGUCAGACAAACCCAACAAAAAUUAACGGUAGAUAGUUUAUAUCGAACCAGAGGCAAGGCGACAACAUGAAAUAUCUUGUAUGUGAAUGUUUGGCUGCUGCGGAUAAUUAGUGAAGGACAACAGGAUGCUAAACAACCGAGCUGACGGAGGCUCCUACACGGACAAUCUCAUUGGGACUUUGCUUGCUAUUUUUGGAAAUGUACUUGUCAGCAUCGCCUUAAGUAUUCAGAAAUACAGCCAUGUGACGUUAGCAGGGACAAAAGACCCGCGUGCCUUCUACCGCACAAAGACCUGGUGGUGCGGUUUUUUACUGACCUGUCUUGGGGAAUCAGCCAACUUUGUCUCUUAUGCCUUCGCACCCCUCGCUCUUGUAGCACCUCUUAAUGCUGUGUCUGUCCUGACGAGCUCAAUUUUGGGCCUUAUUUUUCUGCGUGAGAAAUCUAAGACAAAGGACUUAGCAAAGCACUAUGGGCUGUCCUUCCUGGGUUGUAUCCUCACCGUAGGAGGAACAUACCUCUUUGUAGCGUUUGGACCAAACUCUCAUGAAAAACUAAAAGCAGAAAACAUUGUGUCGCAUAUUGUAGGAUGGCCUGUUCUCUUGUAUCUGCUCCUGGAGAUUAUCAUGUUCUGCCUGCUUUUAUACUUCUACAAGCAGCAUAGUGCUAACUACCUCGCUAUUAUUCUGCUGCUGGUUGCUCUACUGGGCUCUGUCACAGUCAUUACAGUGAAGGCGGUGUCCGGCAUGUUGGUUCUCACCAUCGAGGGCACCAUGCAGCUCAACUACCCGAUCUUCAGUGUCAUGUUUGUGUGCAUGGUGGCUUCAGUCGUCUUCCAAGCCAGAUUUCUCUCCCAAGCUUGUAAGCUGUUCGACUCCUCUCUGAUCGCCAGUGUCAACUACGGCUUCUCCACCAUCUUUGCUGUGACUGCUGGAGCUGUGUUUUACUUAGAGUUUAAAAAUGAAGACAUUCUUCACAUCAGCAUGUUUCUGCUGGGAGCUGCAGUCUGUUUCCUGGGGGUUUUCCUCAUCACCAAAAACAGGAAGAGGACCAAGACGUUUGAGCCUUAUGUCACUAUGAACAUGACUGAUGGUCUCCCAACUAUUCAUGACAAGGGCAUGGUAGUUCAGCCAGACUUCGCCGGUUCUUUCUCGUACGGCACUCUGGUCAACAACGAUGGAGUGGCUCCUGCUAAUCUACCCGUCAACCUGGGACAACCGGCAGUCAGCUCCCGAUCCAUUGAUGCAUCUCACGGGCCACCUGACCUGAAGAAAGAUUAGAACCAACCAUUUAUAUUCUUUAUAUUUUUUUCCCCUCACUCCAUUUCACUAUAAACACAAUUCAAGGACCUUAAAAGGCAAAUAUGGGUAUCUUCAGUUUUCUUUUCACAUGAACACCAGUAUAUGAAGAUUUCCUGACCUUCCACAACCCUCCAGCCUAGUUGGAGGUGUCCAUUGGGUGCUUUAAUGUUCUUUUUACUCUUGCACUCCUCUACAUGCUUUCUUUUUUACAUUUCUAAACCAAAAUGUGACCUUUUUAGAAGCUUUCCUAUUUUCAGAAGAUGUCAGCUGUAUUCAUUCCAAAAAAAAUCAACAGAACUAACGUGAAGCUGCUGGAUGUGAUGUCAGUACAGGACAUGUGGAUUCACAAACAUGGCUGCAGAAAUAUGACUGCAGAUACAGUGUUGUGCCUUGAAGCUUACUACCCCGUGUUAGCUUUGAGGUGUGAGGACUGACCUCUGUGUGACUGUUAAGCAAUUUUGUUCCCAUUUAGCCAUAAAUGGGAACAUACAGUGAUGCGUUCUUCCAUUUUUUAAAGAGGAUAGUGAAGUUACUCCUCAAUUUCAGGUCAUUACCAACAUUAUUAUAUGAAUAUAUAUAAUGUAGCUGCAGACUUCUUCAGAAGACUUGCCAAUGAACAUUUUAACUUUGCAGCUGUUUUAAACAUCUGUCUCUAACUGUCUUCUGUGAGCAGUUUUCACUCCACUGUACUCUGCCUCGCUGGUGGGAUUGUAUUAAUACUUUUUUUCCGAUGUGACCAAACAAUGGCUGUAGUUUUAAUUUAUUGUAAUUUAUUUAUUAAUUUUUAAGUUUGCUUUUAAUGUGCCUUGAAAAGUAGCUUUACACUGGAUAAAUUACCGUAAAUGCUGUACAUAAACCAGGUAGGCGAGGGAAGCAUCACUGCAGCAGUUCAGUUAUCAAAAGGCAACUGAUCUGUCAGUGCAUCUCUGAAUCAAAACAAAACUCUGAAAUGCUUUGAAAAGAAAGGUAGUAACGGUUUUGACUACUCAAAAGACAUUUGCAUUUUGAAAUUACUGAUAUACUGUACAACUUGUUAAAAGUAUAAGUGGAAAAAGUCUACAAGUCUAAAUUUGCCUUAAAGAACUUAAAAAUAGUUAAUUCUGGUUUUCCUUUAACUUAAUGCCUUGGAGUUUCUGAUGACAAUAUAUCGAGAAAUAAAACUGAAGAUAUUAAGUUGAUGUUGAUAAAUUACCAUGAAUUAUUUGUAAUGUAACCUUUUCAUUUUUAGAAGCUGAAAGAUAAUACAGCAGUAAGUGAAAUGUCUUUUAAGUGUUCUAUGAUAAAUACUCCAUAAUGAAUAAAAGGCUGUAUAAAUCGGAUACACUCCACCUCUACAUACAGUAUGUGGCAAUGCAUUUUUACAGUGUUAAUAAAGCAGAGAGCCUCAGCACA